AUGAGUGGGCAACAAAGGCAGAGCAGCUCUUGCUGUGGUGGCGGCGGCGGAGGAGGUGGUGGCGGAGGAGGCUCUUCAUGCUGUGGAGGUGGCGGCGGAAGUAGCGGAGGAGGUUCCUCUGGACAACAGAGGCAAGGGUGCUGCUGCUGUGGUGGAGGUUCCUCUGGUGGAUCUUCUGGUGGGAUGCAACAGAUGCAAGGAUCUGGAUCCAGCUGCUGCAGUGGAGGAGGAUCGAGCGGCGGCAGCAGCGGACAGAUCAUAAUCGUCUCAGGAGGCAGUGGAGGAGGGCAGUGCUGCAGCGGAGGCGGAAGCAGCGGAGGACAAUCUUCCGGAUGUUGCGUGGGAGGCGGUUCUGGUGGGGGAUCAGGAGGCGGACUGAGUCAGAUGAAGAUUCCAUUGAUCAGCGGGGGUGGUGGAUGUGGAGGAGGCAGCUCUGGGGGAGUUAAGGUUAUAGCUGGAGGCGGAAGCGGCGGGUGUUGUAUUAGUGGAGGGUCCAGUGGUGGAGGUGGUGGCUCAGGGGGUGGUGUUAAGAUUAUAAGUGGGGGAUCUGGAGGAGGAGGUGGUGGAGGAUGUGGUGGCAGUUCAGGGGGUGGCAUUAAGAUUAUUGGUGGGGGAUCUGGAGGUGGUGGAGAAUGUGGUGGCUCUGAGGGUGGUGUAAAGAUUAUUGGUGGGGGAUCUGGAGGUGGUGGAGGAUGUGGUGGCAGCUCAGGGGGUGGUGUAAAGAUUAUUGGUGGGGGAUCUGGAGGUGGCGGAGGAUGUGGUGGCUCUGAGGGUGGUGUAAAGAUUAUUGGUGGGGGAUCUGGAGGUGGUGGAGGAUGUGGUGGCAGCUCAGGGGGUGGUGUAAAGAUUAUUGGUGGGGGAUCUGGAGCUGGUGGAGGAUGUGGUGGCAGCUCAGGGGGUGGUGUAAAGAUUAUUGGUGGGGGAUCUGGAGGUGGUGGAGGAUGUGGUGGCUCUGAGGGUGGUGUAAAGAUUAUUGGUGGGGGAUCUGGAGGUGGUGGAGGAUGUGGUGGCAGCUCAGGGGGUGGUGUAAAGAUUAUUGGUGGGGGGUCCAGUGGUGGUGGUAGCAGUGGUGGCCAGAGUUCAGGAUGCUGUAGUGGGGGAGGGAGUGGUGGUAGCUCAGGUGGCAAGACCAUCAUAAUUUCAUCUGGUGGAGGUGGUGGCAGUGGUGGCCAGAGCUCUGGCUGUUGCAUGGGAGGAGGGUCCAGUGGUGGUGGCAGCGGCCAGACCAUCAUAGUGCCAUGUGGUGGUGGUGCUGGCGGCAGCAGUGGUGGUCAGAGUUCUGGCUGCUGUAUAGGAGGAGGAUCUGGUGGGGGCUCCCAAUCUAUGCAGCAGAAGCAGAGCAGUGGUGGCCAGAGUUCUGGCUGCUGCAUUGGAGGAGGUUCCAGUGGUGGUGGAAGCUCAGGUGGCCAGACCAUCAUAGUGCCAUCUGGAGGUAGCAGUGGUGGCCAGAGCCAGAGCUCUGGAUGUUGCAUUGGAGGAGGUUCCAGUGGUGGUGGAAGCUCAGGUGGCCAGUCCAUCAUAGUGCCAUCUGGAGGUAGCAGUGGUGGCCAGAGCCAGAGCUCUGGAUGUUGCAUUGGAGGAGGUUCCAGUGGUGGUGGAAGCUCAGGUGGCCAGACUAUCAUAGUGUCACCUGGUGGUGGUGGUGGCAGCAGUGGUGGCCAGAGCUCAGGAGGCUGCCUUGGAGGAGGGUCUGGAGGGGGCUUUCAGUCUAUGCAGCAGAAGCAACCCCUUGUGAUUCCGUCCUCCAUAUGUCAAACCAAGCAGUCUUCUCAAUGGCCACUGGACAAGAAGUAAAGUCCCUCUUUUUUUUUUUUGCACCCUGUUUUCAUUCAGUGACGAAUCAGGUCAACGUGUCCGUAUUUCAGAUUCUUGUGGUAUGACCUCAAAGUAGUUAAUCUUUGCAUGUUGCAUGCUUUGUUGUUCUGCACACCCCACCUUGUCCUCUCUU